CUGCUGCCAGGUCUUGUUGACUCUUCAGAGAUGCAGUUCGGGGGCAUAGAAUCGGGCCAGACAGCUUCGGACGCCACGGGUGCCUCUCUCUCCUCCCUCUGGUCCUACAGCACCGUCACCGAGGACAGGUACGACCACGCCCUGCACGGCGACCAGCACGAACUGACGCCCUACUUCCAGGACUACGAGAAUACCACCAACAUCACCGCACAGCUCGGCUCCACCGCCUAUCUCAACUGUCGAGUCAAUAGACUUAGAGACAAGACGGUAUCGUGGGUGAGGCGAGAUGGAGAGAAGAUUAAGCUUCUUACCUGGGGACUUCACACCUAUAGCAACGACGCCAGAUACUCCCUAAACUUCGAGCAUCCCAACAACUGGAAGCUGCAGAUUAAGUACACGCAGCGACGGGAUCAAGGAAGCUAUGAGUGCCAGGUGUCCACGCAUCCUCCUAAAGUCCUUUCGGUCAGACUAAAUAUUGUAGCUCCGGUAGUGGAGAUCAUCGACGAGAGAGGGGCGUCGGUCCACGAGAAGUUCUACAAGACCGGCAGCACCAUCGAACUCAAGUGUACCAUCAGUCAGAUGCCUCAGGCCCAGACUUUCAUUCUCUGGCGCCACGGUGACCACAUGCUCAACUACGACACUUCCAGGGGUGGUAUUAGCGUCAAGACGGACAUGAGCAGUUCGGUGAUCGUGUCCACGCUCUUCAUCGCUAACGCCACACCGAAGGACUCUGGCAAUUACACCUGCUCCCUGGGCGACGUGGCCACAGGCAGCGUCCUGGUCCACAUCCUCAAUGGGGAACACCCUGCAGCGAUGCAACAUGGGUCGGGUACGAAGGACCUGUGCUCCUUAACCAUGGUGUUGUUCCUGGCAGCCCUCACCACAUUGCUCAACUCCCUCAGCGCCUUCCACGUGAGAUGAUCUCCUGGACGUGGCGCAAGAGGCAGGCCAAGACCACGAGGGGUCAGGUCAAGCAACUGGCAGCCAGAAUGAGGUCAAUCCAAGUGUUUGAAAAGAUCAAACGAGAAGGUUAUCAAUUUCGAUCAAUAGGCCAUCGAAGGACAUUAUGAGGUAUAUUUAAAGAGGUCAACGUGAGUGGUUAAUGGAAAACACUAACGAACACUAUUUAGAGUGGAGAAUUUGAAAUGUUCGUUGAAUAUAUCUGUUUCUAUGUAUGUCUGUUUGUCUUCUCUGGUUCUCCUAUUUUCAACUCGCAGUGGUUACCUCCCUUUUAUCAGUCACCAACCCACAAGUGUACGAGGCCAGAAUUACUAGACCGAACUAGAAAAAGAGAUUAUUGAUGCUGGCGACCUAUUUUAUUAAAAGAUCAUAUGAAUUAACGGCUUAUGAGAAGAAUUUGUUUAUGAAAUUGUAUAUUUAGGUGAAAACCGCGCUAACAGUUACACGGUAAGAAUAAGAGAUGAUUUAAAACGAGAUGGUAUCAGCUGUAAACUUAAGAAAAAGCCAGUUUCAGAAUCAUGUGAAAAAGAGACUUAGAGGUGAGAAAUUUGCUACAGAAGUGAUGAAACAGUAUUGUCGUGGGCUUGGGUGUGGGUGUUGCUCGUCGCAUAAACUCACAUGUCGUUAUUAAUGACAGAAACUCUUUCGUUAAGAUGGAAAAGCGAAACAAAUUCUUGUAUGCGACGUCAGUUCUUGGCAGCAUAAGAUAGGAAUUGUAAAGGCUACGCUAACGCAAUGUGAAACGACUCCUUGGAGGAACUGCCCCCCCCCCCCCCCCAAGGGAAACCACCCUUAGAGAAAACGACUCUUUUUAGAAAAUGACUCUUGGGGAAAACGACUUUUGAAGAAGAAACUUAAAAAUAUUGUUCUUCCAAGAACUAUUCUUGGAAGAAACGACCCGUGGAGGAACUGCCCCCCCAAGGGAAACCACCCUUAGAGGAAACGACCAGGAAAGAAACGUGCCCCUGGGGAAUUGACCCCCUGGGGAAAACCACUUAUGAAGGAGACUACCCAUGGGGGAUCGACCCUUGGGGGGGAAACGUACCUUGCGAAAAAAUAACAAUGAACAAUUUACCAAGUGGAAAAGGAGAUAUUGGAAAACUAGGCAAAAACACAACGAGUCUGGCAGGAAAGGAAAGGGGAAACGCGAGCUCUUCCAGAUUAUUAAUAUUUAAGCGUUAAUCAGCCCUAACUACGUGAGCAUAGAUUUAGAGUUAAAAAGAAGAUAUAUUAAAGGACUUUACCUCCCUUCAUCGAGGGAAGUUGAGAGGUCCGCACUUACAAACUUCGAUGUUGAUUAGUGAUGUUGUGAUGAUGAAGAUGAGUUGUGAUGAAAUUAGAUGAGUGAAGCACCGGCAGAGUUAUACAUGCAGAGUCCAUCAUCCUUAAAGUUUGGGAUAAAUCAGUGUAAAUUUAAAUAAUGUAAAGUCCCUACAUAAAGUUAUUUCUCGACAGUGAUUAAACUAGUGCUCAAAAAAACAUCUGCAGGAAUGAAUAAUUGCACGAAAAUCGGUACAAAACGUUUGAAAAGUUAUAAUGUGUGUGUGGUGUGAAGUGCUGAUACCCAGCAGUGUUCUUAAGAAACAGUAGCUUUAUUUAACGAGCCAAUCAGGUUUACGGUAGAGUUUUGUUGAAGGUUGGGACACAGCUGUCUAUGGAACUAUACCCUUGAGGGUGGACUAGUAUGUACUGCCUCCAGAGACCACUAAAGUUAAAGAAAACCUAUCUCAAGUGAAUGAAAACAUGUUACAAUUAAUAGAAAAAAUAAAUAUUAAUACUCAGAAAACAAAAAGAAAAUUGAGACUAUAAAUGAUGCAUCGAGCUACAUGGAAAAGUUAUAUUCGUUUACAUGUUAACAAAAAUAUGAUUGGAGAUAUAAACAGAAUUUACAAUGUAAAUAGCCAGAAUAUAACUAGACUUGAUUUUGUCAGUUACAGAGACCAAGUUAAAAGUUAAUGUGAAAGCUCAAAGCUGUAUAACCUCUAGUGUAAUAUUCAUUUGAAUGUCAAUAAUGUCAUUUCAUCGUGAUGCAAAUGGAGAAAAAAUUGUUACCCCUUGAUUAUUAAAGAAAAUGAGUUAUACCUCUAUUUCAUAUAUAUAUAUAUAUAUA